GUGCAGGCUGGAAGUUGUGUCGCUGUACCUGACAGAUGGUGGCUUCUUCAACUGUUUUCUAGAGAGAUCAAAGGGAUAAUAGUUUAGCACCUGCAAAUUCCAGAUCCUCAGAGACACUGUUGCUGGUAACAGCCGGGUGAUGGGCAAACUUGAAGACAGAGAAAGCAAAGGCAAGACAAGACAUAAUGAAACAGUGAAGAGAAACCAAAGGAAGGAAGUACUACUAUCUUACUGAUCUGAAAACUGUUUCCGAAGUGUUUGGACAAACUAGGUAUUUAUAUAGUUAAAUCUAAAAAGUAUGAAAGCAACAUAAAUACAAAAUCUGCUGGCUGGAAGUACCACAGCUGUUAUCCAUAAGGAUACAAUUUUGUUGAAAGUGUGUGGAAAGCAUGGGUUAUGAUAUUGAGCGUUUUGUUGGCUACGUUAACGAAGGACUUCUGUGUUCCAUCUGCCGAGAUGUGUUAGAAGAUCCAUUACAAGCUCCUUGUGAGCAUGCUUUCUGUACUGCUUGUAUACAUGGAUGGCUUAUUCAUCACAGUAACUGCCCUGAAGACAGACAAACGCUUGAUGUAUCUUUGCUACGACCUCUCUACAGAUAUAUGAAGAAUGAUUUAAACCGUCUUCAGCUACAUUGCAAGAACAGAGAGUAUGGCUGUGAAAUGGUUUGCUCUCUAGAGUCUAUAGACAGGCAUGAAAGGGAAUGUGAAUACAGUCAGAUACUUUGCUCCAAUGCUGGCUGUACAGUUCAGAUUGAACGACGUAACUUAGAUGGUCAUUUGGCAGUGUGUGAAUAUCGGAGCCGUGAAUGCCCCAAUGGUUGUGGUUACACCAUUCUCAGUGCAGAAGACACACAGCAUAAUUGUGUAGCAGAGCUAAGAACUGAGCUAGAACUACUUCGGUCAGAAAUGAUCUGCAGAGUAGAGGAAGCAAAGCAUGAGAUGGAGUCAAGAUUAGAUUCCCAGAGAAGACAUAUGGUCCAGAAAGAGAGUAUUCUGCAAAAUGAAAUUGAAGAACUAAAGAGUCAGAUGUCACGAAUGAUGUCAGAUGUACGGUCUUUGAUGGCUGCAGAGAGACAGCAUCGUCAAGAGCUGGAGCAGGCAGAGCUAGAAAAGCGGGAAUUAAUGGAGCUUCUGAAAGGCCUGCAGAAAGACUGUCGAUUAAAUACUACAGAAGGAAACAAGAAGUCAACAAGCUUCCGCCCUCUGACGCGACUAGAGAGCGUGAAAAGAAAACCUAGGGAAGUUACCGUUAUCUAAAUAAAAGUUUAAGGCUACUUGAACAUCAAUAUCCACAAUGAACAAAGAUUUGCACAGUCGUAUGGACUUCGGACUUCCUUAUUAGUACUCAAGUCUGCAACUGUACAAGAGCUAAGAUUUUAUAAGAGGCGCACAAAUCCUGAAACAAGGGAGAGUUUAUUUGCCUGUAAGGACUGCAGUACGCUUGAGAAAUUUGUAGAGUUUCACACAGCCUGUUUGUGUUGUUUUCAGUGCUAUAGUUGAGCCAUAUUCUGUCCUCUGUUACAGCUCUUUGGUGGAGUAACUAGGGGGAAACCUGGCCUGUUUACUGAAUGUGCUGAAUCAGUUCUGAAUUUUCAGGAAAACAGUAUGCAGGUGCAACAGUCUUAAUAAGCUAGUUUUCUAGUUUAGAAGGCAAAUUACUACUGUGUGUGCCUUGCUGUCACUCAGAUCAAUGCUCUCACAGCUAACAACAUAACCAAAGAGAGAGACAGCAACCUUCUUUAGCACGUACACUACAUUAUAAGGAUUUGUGGUCAGAGCUCUCUUAAUUAAAAUUCAGACAUUAAUAAAUCCUUAUAAUUCACUUUUUUCUUUAGCACCACUGAAAGGAAACAUACAUACGGUCAGCCCUUGUGUGGACUUAGAAAUCCACUGAAAUAACUCCUAUAAAGUUUUUUUUUUUUUCCUGGAAGAAAACAUUCAUAGGAAGAGCUAUUUCCAAAUGUUUAUUUGUUUUUUAUUUCACACUUAAAUUCUAGACUAAAUUACAAUUGCUGACAGUAUUUAGGUCAUUAGAGCAGUCUUUCCCAACUCAUGACAUAGCACAUCUCUUAAGCACCAUAUCUAACAAUGUGAGACAGUAGAAUAGUAGCUAAGAUUAGGCCUUCAUUCACGCCAAGCAUUCAGUGAUCACACAUACAUCAGUGGACACAUACAUCAGUGGACACAUUAAAAUUGUAGUUAGAACCUAAGAAUGCUUUCAUUAUCUUGUACUCUAAAUAAGCAAGCUGUUAGUGUUUGUGGUCUUUGUGGCUCUGUUUCAGCAUUCACACUAAUUUUGAAGCUGCUUGGCAAUUACAGAUUUCAUGCUAUUAGAAUCAGUGUUUUUUCAGGAUGUUUUUCUGUGUACUGUAACUGUGUGGUUCUGUGAUGUAACUUUUAUCUACCUUGCUUAAAGUGAAAGAAGAAAAUUCCUUCAAAAACCUAUAUCCUUCAUCCUAUCAAGAUGAGCUUGAUCAUCCUUCCUGAAUUGGAGGGCAGUAACGAUCACCUUAUCUUUUACGUUCUGGCCACAAAAAGCAUGUUAUUAGCUCCAUGCUUUUUGCAUAAUUGGAUCUCUGCAUUUGCUUUUAGUUAUAAAUAACAGGGUGAAAUUCCUAAUUCUAGUGCAGAAAAUAAGAUGUAUUUAGUAUUUACUUAGCGUUUGGUCUGCUGUCUGUGUCCUAAGGGGACAGACAUAAAACUCCGCAAGAAAACAACUCCUCAGUGUAAAAAAAGCACUUUCUGCUGUGCAAUCUGUGUAGCUCCUAGUUGCCAGCUCUGGAGUUUGAACUUCCAGUGUUCAAAAAUGGAAACACUUUGGGCCCACUUGCAGCUGGAAUGACCUGUCAGCUUGGGUUUCCCUUAGCAGUAAGAAAGCACUCACAGAGGUAUUUUAAAUGAAGGUAUAUGGAGGUACAGGUAUAUAGAGAUAUAUGAGGUUGGGUAUGCUUGAACAUAGUCAUCAUUUUACCUAGUUCAACUAGAAUGAAAUUAAAUAGUCCAUUAUGUUAAUAUUUUAUCUAAACUUAGCUUUUGCAGUCUCUUGUAUUACAGCUUUUAAUAACAGCUGGCAGAAGCAAAGGAUUUUUUUUCUUUCAGACAGUCUGUUAAUCCUUUUCAUGAAAACUAAGGGUCCAGAUAUUGUAGAAGACUUAGUGUAAGUGCAGAUGAUCAUUUGGAAAUGCAUAGUUCCCUAGUCAUAAUUGUAUUUUAGGAUUAUAUGAAAAACUGCUCAAAGUGCAUUACAGGAGGAUUCAAGCACUGAAUUACUGGUAACAAUGAUCCUAAAUACUCUCAGAUUGAAUCACAUCUUGAUCCCAUUUCUUUACAAUGGGGACUGUGCUGAUAGCAAGUUGAACAGUUACUCAAAUGGACCAGUAACCAUGCAAACAGUAGUAUAAUUAGUUGCUUCUAAUAACACUUUGCAGCUAGGAAAGGGUGAGCACAAACUGUAGAGCAGGCCCAGGUUAAUGGAGAGUGGAAAGAAAGAGUAACUAGAGUUCCAUCACCUUCCCUCACCCUGAGCAAUGAUACAGCUGCACCAGCCUGUGCACCAACUCACCAUUAUACUUGUUAGCUUGCUAGCUUGUGGCAUUACAAUUGAAAUAGCAUUAGAAUUAAAAGGGGAUUAAACCUUUAUCCACAACUAAGUGGGUGCUAAAUGUAACAGUACCAAACCUGGGAGAUGAUUCGCUAAUAAAACUCUGAUUGAGAGCAAGCCGUUAAGUAAAGUACAUGAAAUUACAAGAAGUUGAGCAAAUCCCGACAACUACGUUAAAUUGAGUGAAAAAGAGUAACACUAAGGACCUAGUUUGUCUUUGAACGAAAAUCAAAAUCUACAUGCUUAUUCUGAAGACAUAAGAGAUCAGUUCAGAUAUAUUUAAAUUAAUUCCCUUAAACUGACCUCUCCAUUGGAGAGGUCAAGUUCAAGACAUGCUUCCUGUUUCCUUCAGUAUUAAAGCUGCAUGCCCUGUCCUUCUCUCCUCCCAAAGCAAAAUAUUGUCAGUGGGCUUGGCCAGUAUGGACUGUUGUGGUUAGGCUUGCUUUCUUUAGUGGAGGGCAACCGUAAUCUUUGGGAAAGCGUCUUCUGGGGUUAAAUGAGACUUUCCAAAAGACUUCUAGAAUAGAGAAACAUGCAUCUAAGUGAGAGGUAAGAGUUGCAAGGUAGUUAGGCUGGCCUUAGUAAUUAAACAAAGAGUUUUUAGUUAGUAGGAUUCUUGUACUAGAUUAACAGUCUUAUAUGACAUAUUAAUUUAACAGCACACAUACAUAUACAGUGGGUUUUUGUCAGGGCAGAAGAGAAGUGAUUUGUAUAGUCAAGCAAAAUACAUAUUACAGGAAAGCAUAUUAGCUGGGGAAGAAAAAGCGUUACCGCAGACAUUCUUAGGUCAUUUUGAUAAGUUCAAUGUGUUAAAGUUGAUCCCAGGUGGUGAACAGUUCCUGACAUAUAUGUCAGAAUGGGGAGCCUUGCAAAAUAAAUUUAAAUUUUUCAUACGCUGUUCUCCUUGAUGUUUUUGGCAUGGUGCUUUUCUACAGCUGUUUUAUUUAGAAGUGCUAGAUAAUAGUUAAAUGGAGCAGUACUAGCCUUUUCCUUCCCUAUGUACUGCUUCUUGGAUGAAGAAGGGUAGGUCAGGGAGAUUUUACCAUACAGAUAGAUGCCUUUACAAAGACCUACAACUCUAUGCAACUUUGUAUUAACAAAUAAACAUUGAACUGUCUUCCAGCAUUAUGGUUCACUGCCAAUGUAUUUACAUUUUCUACCUUUAUAGAUACAAGAAGGAUAAAACAGUGAUAUCUUGGACCUUAAACUCUAGUCUGUAAAAGAAACAAUAACAGUAUUUGUAUCCAUUUGAAUUACACUUUGUAUAAAAGUUGAAUUAAUAAAGAGUAUAUAUAAUGAUGAA